AUGGGAUUUCUGAGUGGUGUUCUCAGUAACAUCCACAAGCAUUUAGGGCAGCAUAAAGGAGAAAUAAACAAUGCAAUUACGUCACUUGAGACCAAUAAACACGCCGGUAAAAAAGGUUUUAGUGUUGCGAUUGUGAAGGUGGUCGAAGGGGUGGGGGGGUAUAAUGAUAAGGUGAGGGAGAGUAAUGAGAGAAUUAGGAAAACGAUAGAAACGUUAACUGAUGCUAUCGUAAAAAUGGAAAAAGUUCUUUCCGGGAUCAUCAAUCAUGAUCACGUUAGUAAGAUUGAGUCCACUGUUAGUGAUGUAAUCAAAGAUGCCAAGGAGUAUGCUGUAGGCAUCUUGCAAAUAAAUCGAGAUAUAGAAGAUCUCCAACCUGAUCUAAAAGGGAAAAUAAACAACGCAGCGGAUAACAUAAAUUAUCAGCGCUGGAUUCUCAGUCAAGCGUAUGAGACGCAAAAGAGUCAGUGGACAACAAUCACAGGUUUGGUCAGUCAACAACUUAAUGCUGCUGUAGAACGGAUUAAUGAAGAAACAUCAGGAAAAAUUAGUGUUGUUAAAAGUCGAUUAAUUUUAAAAAUGGACGAUCUUAGAAACAAAAUUUGGGAUGUCAAUAAUACACUUAAAGGCCAUAUUUCCCAGCUGAGUUCCUGGAUAGAAAAGGCUCAAAUCGCAGUUGAUGAAGCAUUGCGAAAAGUCACGCAAAUUGUAAACGAAGCUAGUGGUAACUCCAGCACAGCUCAUAAGUGCAAACUCGUUGAAGCUGCUGUAAAGUUACAAGAUAAGGCUUUGACACUACACGGAGCUUACGAGGCUGCGAAAUCGGCGUUGCCGAAAUUGGCAAAUAAGAUUAGUAAUGCUGUUAAAGGGUUAGACGAUGCAAUUAUGAAGGAUCUAGAAGGAUUGGAAAAGAGUAUUAACAUGGAGUUGGCUGCCUAUGUCAAGGAGCAGAUUGAAACUGUAUUGAAGGCCAUUCAGGCAUCUGAUGCUUCCAAAGGAGGUGGUCUUAUUAAUGCCGGCAGUGGUGUUGAAGCUUUGAAAAACGUGAGCGCAUUGAAAGAGGCCCUUGACUCAACGCAAGAAGAAUUGAGCAAAAACAUAGAAUUCGCGUUAGACGUGCUCAAAGAUACCGCUGGCUCAAAAACCUGGAAAGCUGACGAAUCUAAUCCCGUUCUGAAGAACCUCACAGCUGAUCUUGAGAGUGCAGUUGGAUCCGCGAUGACUGCGUAUGUCAAAGGUAGCGAUGAGUUACGAAAUAAAAUGGUAGAUUACCAAAAACAUAUAACGUCUGCGCUUACUCCGGCAAUAGGCGAAAUCACACAAAAAGCCCUGGAACCUAUUACGAGCGCAAUAUCUAGUAAGAGUGCUACUGACAGUGAUAUCACUAAAACUGCAACUGAAUUAACAGGAACUCAUCUCAAACAACUCUGCGUUAGUAUUAUCAAUGCCGCAUCUAUAGACUCAGGUAGUGUCAGAGGAAAAUUGGAAAAGCUGACUGAAUAUAUUGCAAAAGAUAAGCAUAAUAUGGAUGACACUCUACAGAAACUCCAAAAUGAUUUUAACACAUUGCAAUCCGGUAAGCUGAAUUCGCUUAUUGAAGAAGCUCAGCAAAUCAUUCAAUAUGCAUCUGAACAAAGCAAUGCGAUUAUAAAACGCCUUAACGCUCACGUCGCAUUCCAAAUUAAUAACGCUCGAGAUACUAUCACAAACACUAUCACAACGAAUUAUGUCCUAUCGCUGAAAUCACUGGUUCAAGAGGUAGCAACAAAAAUAAACGUUGAACUUCAUCACCUCCCUGAGAUGAUAAUUGCGGAUGCGACCAAAAAAUACAAAGGUUUCAUGAAGCUGCUACAUAGAAAAAUUAACGAAAAUCAAUUAGAUGUUGCCAUUCCCGACGACUCAAACCUAUAUCAUUUGUCCUUCAAUGCUCAACAGUUUUUCGCUGCUCUACUGUACUCGGUGAACAAUGAUAGAAGCAUUUUACCCUCUCCGAGAAACAUUUUGGAGUUGAAAAGCAAAGUUCAUAACCUUGUCACCUCCCUCUCCACCUUCAACCGCCACUUCCGUUCCAACCUCUCCUCCCUUUCCUCCCUCCUCGGUUCCAUCCGCCCCGCAUCCUACGCCGACGACAGCAACCCCCUGCUCGAGUGUCUCAAAAAGGGCGUGCAGAGGAUGUGCGAUGAGCUCGACAAGGCGUACGUGAGCGUGUAUGAUAGUGAGACUUUCGGUGCUGAGCUCGUCGAAAAGAAUAAAGUAACGCCGUAUGGCACUCAGUUGUCCAAGGUGUUCCUGUCCAUCUUGGAGAUAUACAACGAAGAUUUGAGGUACUUGAAAAAUCGUACCAUCCACAAGUGGUCAACAAGUAGAAUAUAUGCUGGUAGCAGUUUAGGCACAUUUUUGCAAAAUAGCGGCUACGGCGUGUCCAACAAUGAGACCGAGCAGAAUGGUCACUUGGACAAGAAUGCCAACGGUACAAAGAUCAUGAGUCUACUUGUAGGCGAAAAUUACGGUCACGUUUACCACAAGAAUAAGAAUUACAAAUUCCAGCUUGAGAACCUAUACGACUGCCUUACGACUUAUUACCGCAUUCGUCACAUCUCCACUGCAGGGUCGAAGAAGUCGCCGUGUAAUAUCUACGAAAUGCUCUGCUGGCUUACGAGUCUGCAAUACAGUUCAGUAUAUCUCAACUUUAUAUCCGAUGAGUUUAGUGACUUGUUCGAUAAGCGGGAAAAUAAAAUCGCCGGAACCAAUGAGGUCGACGGUAUCUCAUUCGAGGACCAAACUGCUAACAAGUUGGCAGCAUACCCACAGAAUAUCACGUAUACAGAAGUACAUAAUGCUAUCGUACAUGUAACUUCGCUGGCACCCGUUCUUCUCACCAGCAUCGUCGGGUAUGGAAACGAGUAUACUACGUACGCCGUUGACUUCUAUUGUAAUACGCAUAAUUUCGCAUACCCUUCAUCGAGCGUUGACUGCCUGAACACGUUAAUUGAACAUCUCCGUAGAAUUGUACCAGUUUUCCAAUUCUUGCUUACCCGAUGUGGCUUUGCCGCUAAGUACCACGGUUGGUCGGACUGUACGUAUGGCAGAGAUGUGAAAUCAUCAACGUGGCCAUGUAAUGAGCACUCAAAGACUGAAGUUGAGUGCCAAUCGACAUCGCCUCUUCAAUCCUUCCUACGUGACUGCCUACCCGGUCACUUGCCUCAUGAGCUCACUUCCACUGGCUGCAAAUCGGAAUGUAAGACGUGUCCCAAAAGCCUACCCGGUGCGCCAUGUAUAACACCACUUGGGUUCAGAGGCUUCACUGGAAGCAAGAAGACAGGCAAAGAGCUAUGUAAAGUGCUGACCAAAUUCCUCGGUAACGGGGUCGCUUCGUGCCUCUUUGGCCUUAUUCCUAAACCGCCCUCAACAUUGUCGCAACACUUUGCUUUUACGAUGUCACUUGUCAGGAAUUGGCAAUCAAACGGCACGCAUUCUCUUAAAACAAAUAUUGAAGCCGCCGUCACGGAGCAAUCUAUUCGUCUUUUUGAACAACCCAGCGAUCUCACAGCUGCGCUACGUAACGCGUACGGUGACGUACGGAGCAGCCAUAAGCGUGAAAGCCAUCCAGAGGCAAAAAAUGCAGACCUCUGUACGCUGUCUACGUCAACGUCAUGUACAUAUGCUAGUAGCGAUAAGCUGCACUGCGGUCCAUAUCUUUCAACUCUGUGCUUGGAAGAAUAUCGUUACUUCGCCGAUAAACAUUGUAACUUAUACCUCUCAUGGGCAGUGUACCUCCCAUGGACAUUCUACGGUUAUCUUAAAGCCCUGCUACAAGCCUUUUGCAGCAUAUCUUGCCAAGACUGGGGAUGUUCGAAAUGCAUCCAUGGAGUCAAAUGUAAGAAAGGACAGCACGGUGUCGACAACUGCCAGUGCCGUGGACUUGUUGAAUGCCGUGGCGUACAAAGCACUUUCUACAAUUACGGAUUCACGUUUGGCAAUCCUGAAACACUUCUAGCAAAAGAAGGUAAAAAAUAUUGCCAUCAUUUCCAUCAACAGCUGAAGUCGGUGCUUGAAUCGCAGUAUUUCGCAAAACUAUUUGAGGAGUGCGAUAAUUUCCUCUGGAUCAUCAGGCAGCCGUUCAUAUGGAUGAACGUCGCACUCUGGUCGCUGUCCCUCUUCUACCUCAUCUGCGUGAUGGUUGGCAGACUGGACGUGCUCCACAUACGCUCACACCUGAGGAUACCGUCGUCGCACAGCAUAACGGCGCAAUCAUUGUUGGCUGCAGCGCAAGUCGGAAGGCUUGCCAAGAUAUCGUAUCUACAACCGUAA